GCCUUGACGGACACUGGUUGGUAGCGAUGGCGGACGAGCGGGACCCUGAUGUCGAGUACGUCCUUUUGAACAAGCGAGACGCCAAAGUCUACAAGGUGCCGCCAGCCGCAUCGGCAUCCGGCCACAAAGCUUCAGAUUGGCAGGAAGCGAUCUGGCGAGGAAACCUUCGCAUCGUCGCUCGAGGAACAGAGUUGUCCAUCCGUUUGCUGGACAGCAGUUCCGGCAACUUGUUCGCGCAGUGUGUCAUUCCAGAUGGCUUGUAUGAGCACUAUGUGGAGCGCGUGGUGGACUCGAGUCGGUACUGGGUUCUCAAGAUCGUGAAUGGUCCGCGGCACGCCUUCAUCGGCUUUGGCUUCAGCGAGCGGAAUGAUGCGUUUGAUUUUAAUGCUUGCCUGGCCGAUUUCAAGGCCACAUUCAUUGACAAGGUCCAUGAAGCCAAAGCAGCGGAAGCAAUGCCCACGAAAGAUCUAUCGCUGAAGGAGGGGGAGACAAUCAAGGUGAGCUUACCGGGCAAGGGUGCCAGGCGCCGUGAGGUGAAAGCAGGGUAUCCCGCUGGCUUGCUGGCACCGCCGCCAGCCACCAGUACCUCUGUCCAGGCGAGGGGGCCGCAAGAGGAGUAGGGGAUGGGUGGAAGCACGGGGUUCGUGUGGUUCGUUGGUGGGUUUUGCUGCCUUGCCUGUGUUCCUUCCAUCUGCCUUUUUGAUGCACAUGGGAGUGCACGAACGGCUGAUGAUGGCUGAUCUUGGAGUUCAAACGUGCUGUGAAGUGAAUGGCGAGUUGGCGAAUAGAAGCUGCUCUUGUUUUAUGAAUGUCGUGUGGGCUGCAGCCCGGGGUGUCAUGUGAGCAUGCCCCGAAGGAGAGCUUUCGAUAAUCAAGGCUUCCUUCCUACCUGGUGACCUGGUAGGUUUGAUUCGACUCGAGUGAUGUCAUCAUAUUUUUGAAACUCAGAUGGUCAGAGAGUCUCACACCAAUUCUGCGAGGAUGCACCUCCUCCAACAGGGCCUCCCUGCCGCCAUGCCUCACACCCUCGCCGCUGAGGCGCCUCCGUCCAUCAGCCCCA